AUGUCCACCAGUCGCCCCUCCUCGUCGAAGAUGCCUGCCACCUCCACCCCUCCUCCCGAACACAAGAUCGAGUACCUCAUCUCCAACGUUGACAAGCCCAUCGUCUCCAUUGAUGGCCGCCAGUACUCGACGAAGUCCCUCGCGGACUUAUUCCCCGAGCUCCUUGAGUCUGCCACCUUUGCAGACGACCUCAUCCAGGGAGCGACAUCCAUCUACGUCGCCAAACCCCCACCCAACCACCUCCCCCUCCUCGACUUCAUAGCGAACAUGCUCCAACUGGGGUACAACAUUUACCUCAACCCCCCCACCACCACCCCCCUCCCCUCUGUUUCGUCGCCGGUCCCUGCACCGGCGCCAUCUCCGCCUCGUGUCAGCCCGCCCGCUGACACGAGGCCACCCACGCGUCCCCAGACGCCACCCCCCUCUGCCCCACCGCAGCCAACGCGCACCACCCCCAAGAACAAGCGCCCGAUCAGGAAGACUUCGCUGGAGUCCUCCCCCCCCCCUCGCCCCGCACCGCACCACCCCGUUACCCCAAGCCGCAACCAGCGCCCCGCAACCCCCACGGACGUGACGCCCGACCCGCGUCUGUUACGACUGACUGUCGAGCGAACUGGAGCGGAGCUCAACAGGCAGGACUGGAGACAAGUUGUGUAUUGA